AUGAUGCUGGUCACUUCCAUACUUUCACUUGUUCGAUCAAUUGCACAGAACAACUCCUCAGAUGUUCCUACGCAUUCCAUUCCCUCAACAAACCUCAGUAGCCAACCUCGCUAUACUGAUGAGCAGAGAUUACUGUACCAUCUAUUGAAGGACUACGAAAAAGCUGUACGGCCAGUGCGGAAUGCUUCUGAUACUGUGACCGUACGGCUGGGAAUGACAAUGACAAAUAUUUUCGAUAUGGAUGAGAGGAAUCAAGUUCUUACCAUUAAUGUUUGGCUAGACCAGGAAUGGAAUGACGAGCUGCUGCGAUGGAAUCCAGCAGAUUUCGGAGGCAUCAAAAUGAUACGAAUCCCAUGUGAUUUGAUUUGGCUUCCCGACAUAGUGCUGUACAACAAUGCCGACGAUUAUACUUCUGGCUAUAUGCGCUCGAGGGCCAUGAUACUCUACACGGGGACGGUGUUUUGGCCUCCUCCGACACAGUUACGAAGCACUUGUAAAGUGGAUGUGUCGAUGUUCCCAUUUGAUGAGCAAAAGUGCUCGCUAAAAUUUGGCUCAUGGAGCUAUCACGGAUUUCAAGUGGACGUCACAAACAGAAGCACCAACAUCGAUUUGUCGAACUACGUCAUUUCUGGAGAGUUCGAAUUAGUCAAGGUCUAUCAAAAACGACGAGUUGUGAAGUACACGUGUUGUCCAGAGCCCUACCCGGACCUUACAUUCUUCAUUUAUAUCAGACGAAGAACUCUGUACUAUCUUUACAAUAUCGUCUUUCCAUGCGCGAUGAUGUCGGUGCUGACUUUAUUGGUAUUUCUGCUUCCACCAGACUCUGGUGAAAAAAUCGCGUUAGGCAUCACAGUACUGCUUGCCUUUUCCGUUUUUGUGUUGGCAAUAGCUGAAAAGAUGCCAGAAACAUCGGAUGCGAUGCCUGAUGACAGUUUUGGUCAGUUGCUUUUUUAA